ACUGUGGGAACAGAGCGAUGCCAUCGAGAGACAGAAGAGGAGUCUCCAUCUAUCUGGGUCCAUGUCUCUUCACUGCUCCCUCAAGCGUCGCCAGCGUACCCACUGCUGCUCUACCUCUGGAUUUAAGUCGGCUGGAUUACCGCUGGGACUCCCGGAUCGUUGUCGGGUGCUGCCACAUUUAAAUGGGAGGCAAAGUUGGACCCCCAUGGACUGCACAAAUGGUGACCACCACUUUGGUUUUUCUUGCAUCUUUAAGAGCUUCCUAGCAUCGGGAAUGAUUUCACUUUCCUUAAGUAAAAGUCUUUUUAUACAUGAAAUCCUCUUUUUUAUUGCUUCUUCCAAGUAGGACCGGCUUCGACAUUAUCGACUUGGUUGUGGACUCAUCUUUCCUUGGUGCGGACCAUGCCAGACAAAAGCAAUAUAUGAUAAAGAUCUACCGUUUUUAAAGCGUCCUAUCAAUAUGUGACUGCAGCACUUUUUCCUCUGAUAUAUUGGUAUGAUGUGUACAUUGGACUGCAGGUGAACUUGCGUCCCUCCCAGUUCUUCUAUCUCCAAGGGAACCCUCCCACUAAACUUCCCUGUUAACCCACUUAGGGCUCCCCUGCGGGGGCUUCUCUAAAACCUUUCGUCCUACUCCAGUUUUUGCCGAAAAACAAAUCCACAGCGUCGCAAGGGGGGAACUGUGAAAGAAGACACCCCCCUCCCAAAGUUGAGAGGGGGGUGGGAAGAUGGCAGCUCUCGCCAGCUCACUCAUUAGACAGAAACGGGCGGUCAAGGACGACCAAACCAACCGGCCGGUGGCCAGCAAGCGGAAGCCCUGUCCGAAGAGCAACAAGUCCUUGUGCCAGAAACAGAUCCUGGUUCUCAUCUCCAAAGUAAGGCUAUGUGGGGGUCGCAAAAGUCGCAACGACAAGAGACCAGAGCCACAGCUAAAAGGCAUCGUCACGCGCCUGUACAGCCAACAUGGAUACUACCUACAAAUGCAGCCCGACGGCACCAUGGACAGCACGAGAGAUGAGAGCAGCUCUUUUUCACAGUUCAACUUAAUUCCAGUGGGACUGCGGAUUGUGGCAAUCCAGGGUGCAAAGACGGGGCUGUAUCUGGCCAUGAAUAGUGAAGGAUACCUCUAUACCUCUGAGAACUUCACUCCGGAGUGUAAGUUCAAGGAGAGUGUGUUUGAGAACUACUACGUCACAUACUCCUCCAUGCUCUAUCGGCAGACCCAGUCUGGCCGCUCUUGGUAUAUCGGCAUCAACCGUGACGGCCAGGUCAUGAAGGGCAACCGGGUAAAGAAGAACAAAGGAGCCGCCCACUUCCUGCCUAAAGUUAUCGAAGUGGCGAUGUAUAAGGAGCCGUCGCUACAUGAGCUCACAAGUGAGCCUGUGAGUCCUCCUCGAAAGACAACCAAAACAUCAGAUUCCCCAUCCCUGAAGAACGGACGGAAAGAAACUCCCAAGGCUGACGCCUCAUAGCACAGGAGACACAGGGUGGGUCAGAGGGCAACAGUGACACUUGGAACACAGUCACCCAUCAUGCAGGGACGGUGUCUGGCUCAAUGGCCCUCAUGGGCCACCGCGUUCCAGAGGAGCACCAUAAGAUGCUGAGGGAUGAAGGGUGCGUCGUACAUCAGCAGCCAAGAGGUGGAGAGAGGAGUCAUCCCCCCUCCCACCCUCCCUUGUCGCCACAGAACGACAGGCCUGGGCUCUGAGCCAGCGACGAGCACCCCUCAUCCCUGCGUUUGUUUGUCUUCUUCUCAGCCCCUUCCGACUUUCGAAUGCAACCCCCCCACCCCCCACUGCUGGCAUAAUUGGGCUUCUUUGUCACUUUUAUAAUUGUGUCUUUUCUCCCAUGACUCUAUGGAAAUACAAUGGAACCUCGGUUUUUGGCAACCGAAAAGUACAAAAAUCACAGGAAAUCGCCUGUCCUAACGUCCCCUGUGAUUAGGACAACAAGUACAAAAAGUUGCCGUAUCUGUCUUGAGAAGCAUAACAUUAUUGGUAUCGGUUUGAAAGAAAAUACAGGUAUAUCGUUCAUAUCGUCUUAUAUAAAUGACUAGAGGAAGAUUGGCCAAACAAAAACAGACAGGAUUUUAACAAUACUUACAAGAAAAGUACAGUGAAACCAUAAAUGACAAUAUAUUGCAAUCUAAUAUAAUUUCUGCCUUGUUAUACUGUUCUGCACUCAGUGCGUAUGCUACCAGCCCCGCCUCUACCCACUGAGACAAAGAGACUGCAAGAUAGCUCGCUCUGUUCAUGUCGUUGUUCUAUGGAACAAACCAAUGCACAGAGUGAACUCUCUUCCUGCCUGUUUGGAGGCGGGAGAAGGAUGAGAAAUCCCAUCUCAUUUUAAUCGCACAGCAUCUUGUGCCAACCCUACAAAUGAGGAAUUAAUGGCUGAUCCCGGCGAGAUCGAGUGAAAGCGCCACCGAGUCAGUCUACAAAAACAUUUUUGACAAAAACCCAAUCAUGCAUAAACUGUGGUGUACCAAAACCAAGGUUGGACUGUAUCACAUUCACCGCUCACACAUUCCCAGGGCGACCUCGACUUCAUAAUCCUCACCCAUGGGCCCUCUCUUGAUCCCUAAAGUUGGUGACUAUGCCACCCCCCCACGCCCGCCCGCCCGCCAGCUUUUCCCCACACACCAUCUGCCGACCAGCUCAGCUAAUCAUCAAGGUCAACUAAAGCUCAACGAGAGAUGAAACAGCUCAGAGAGUAAAGACGUCAACUGGAAUCCUGGGUCGGGUCGGGUCGGAACAGGAUCAGCGUACAGGGUGGGGGGGGGACAGAAUAUCAGAUACAAGUCCAGGUCCUCAGCACAACUCAUUUUUGCUAAAGGCUUAACAUCCCUACAGAAAUCCACCUGUGCCAUGAUUGGAAUUCAGGAACGCACAGGAUUUGGAUGUGGAAGAAUAUUACUCCAAUAAUGGAACACUAAGAAUAUCUAUUAAAUAUAGUAUGAAUUACUAGAGAUGCACAGGUAAAUAAAUAGGAUUAUGAAUGAAGAAACCAAAAAAGACACGAAAAGAUAAGAAAUGACGUCCUCUUCCCAGUCUUUCCACCCAUCAGGUGAUCACUUAUCAUUAGAGAGCUCGUUCAAACGCUACACAUGAACAAGUGGGUCGAAUAUUUUCAAUCCAGCGUGGAUCAGAAAGCAGUCGUCUGAAAACGAGAGGAAGUGUAUACUUCACUCAGCAUCUGCUGUCAGCAUAAAGCCGGGUUUGAAGGCAAACAUCAAAGCCAGAGGAGCCUCUGAGCGGGAGCACUUGUUAUUCUGACGACGUCUGGCAGCUUAUCCACCCGCUCACUUUAUCAAAUCACCUUGGAAGAAUCACCCUCCAAAAUGUAGCUGUCUGAGUGGAUGUCUUGGUGUGACUACGCCGUAACCCCUGCGUGUAGACGUCUUUGACGCCACACGUACACUUUGUGUGUGAAGGGGCGCAAGCGAAGGGGAUACUGUAGCUAACCUUAACCAUGUGUCAUAUAAGACAACAUUUUAGAAUAAUAAUGACCGAUACAGAAGCGACCAAAAGCGUUACGAUUCAGAUUCCAAUAUUGCAGCAUCUGUAGUGAUGCGGACUCUGCAUCCGUCCAUUGUGGUGAACAGGAAGCUGAGCUGGAAGGCAAAGCUCUUAAUUUACCCUCACCUGUGUUUCGCAAGCUUUGUGUAGUGACUAAAACAGAGAUGGCGGCGUUUUCUCCAUACGGUGGUUGGGUUCUCCCUAAGAGAUAUGGUGAGAAGCACGGGCAUCUGGUCAGGACGUCUCAUUGGAGAGGUGUUCAGGGCACGUCCGAAUGGUGGGAGGCAUCAAGGAACGUUACGGAGGCGAUGUCUCUCAACUGGCCUGGUAAACGCCUCAGAGAGGGGCUGGACAAAGCUGUCAGGGGGCGAGAAGUCUGGGUUUCCCUGCUUUGACUGCUGCCCCCACAACCCUUCCUUCGGGAGAAGAUGGAUGGAUGGAUGGACGGAUAAAUACAUAGCUAUAUAAUCAUUACGGCCAUGAAAACUACAUCAAAUUACAGGGACAGUGUCACAUUUAAACUCGCCCUGAUAAGAAUUAAGUAGGAUUUCUCAAAUAAAGCAAUACUAAUUCAUAGUUUUUUUUUUAUAUAAAUUUGUGUCAACCCCCUUAACCUCCUAACUCAGUGGUUCUCAUGGACAGAAUUUUUUUCCACUUGCUCUGAUCUUACUAUAUUGGGCAAUACCAAUGUAAAGGUGAUUAUAGGGGUGUUAUUUAUUGUCCAGAGGGCUCUAAUAAUGUUGGAAACCUCAUUGAGAAGGUCCUAAACGCAUUUUCUACGCUGUAACUAUGACUAUAUUCUAUUUAUAAAUAAGGAAUCCUAUUUUUCGGAAAUGCACUUAUCACGGUGACGAUAAAGGAGGAAUUAAUGGUAGUCCCUCAUGUCUCUCACCCCACUAUUUCAGAACCACUUGCCGAACUGCUGUGAAAAAAAACAACAAAGGGCAGCCUUUUUGUGUCAAAAGAUAAUGUGUUGCACACUGAAUGUCGGGCCAUUUGUGGCGUAAACGUUGUUUUUGAUUCUAACUUAUACUAUCAUGGUAUACGCAUGUGAAGCUGGAUCAAAGAAAGUGAAGUGAAGGCUUUAUAUUUUGAGUGUGAUAGCCUACGGAGUGUUAAAUAGCAAGGAGGCCAGUACGUGGAGGCUGUUAUUGGAGAAAGACUGGCAUGUGGAUUAUAUGCUGAUAAGGAAUUUCUUCAGUAAGGUAUGCAAGGCUCUUGGCAGGGACGUAUGAGGCGUGCAGAUAUGAUCAUGAAUGUAAGACACGAAAGUUAUGGAGGAUGAAUGUAGCUGGAGGCUUCCAGUUUUCUGGGGGUUAGUUUCCCAUACAGACAUCUCUCACGAUGUAGCGUUUUUUUAAGAAUGAAAUGACGGCUGUUUUGUGGUUGACUAAGGACGAUUAGUAGUCCAAAUAUCAAAAGACAAGCUAUGUGUUGUAUUGUGGUCACUAGGCAUCAGUAAUGUUGACAAUGAGACAAUGAGACAUGAUGUGAUGGACAUGAGACAGACAUGCCAUGCAGGAGGGUCUCCUCUCAUUCUGUGUGGAAGUGGUACGUUUUUUGCUUCUUUAUCCUUCUUCCCCACUCCGUUUGAAACACUUAAGUUUGUAAAGGGUGAAUUGGAGAGGAAAACUAGUUAGCUUGCUAGCUUUUAAUGCUAGCGGCGGCUGCAGUGAUACCGUAGCCUUCCCAAUGUGAUGUAAACAAAGAAAGAUAGGAGUGCAAAAGUGACAAUUGGGGUGCUACUUCAUGUCUUCACUCUAACUAUGAAAUUAUUGUGUUUAUUAAUCUUGAAUAUUAUUUCAUGGAAAUUCCAUUAUCAGGAUCAGGUCUUAACCGCCAUAAAGGAGGUGCGGCUGACCAAACCAAUUUGGAGAAGAGGCUGGGGUACAGUAGAUCUCUCUAACAGGCUUUUUUAGAUGCCACGCUGUCAACCGUGUCACAUUUGAUUAAUUGAACCCAAUUAAUAUCCGAUAUUCACAUUCCUCUCCUUGUGAAAACAGCCCCCGGUGUUUGUCGAGCUGAAGAAGGCCCCCGCAAGUUGUCAAGAUGGAAAUACAACAAGUAGACGGACAAGCAGCGAGAAUGUUAACACGAAAGUGAAGCAUGGACAGGGUCAGGAAUCGAAGAACAGUCAGUCAUCAGUGCAGAACAGUUGAAGAAAGAUUGAAAGAUUCUUAUUGCAGUUUGGAAAGUAGGUGUGGAAGGCUGGUAAGGAGGGUGUACGUGUGUCUUUGACAAGAAGUUAGGUGAGAGGAGACGAGCAGGGAGAGAAGGGCGGAGAGAAACAAAGGGCAUGGGAAACAAUGAUCGAUAGAUUCAAUAAAGCACAAACAAGAGACGAGCCAACUUGUGGCGCUUGCAAAAAUGACUCAAAGGUCUGGCAGAGACAGCAAAAUCCAUGGCUUCAUAAAGAAGCCAGAGUUGUGUUUUUUGGGCAUAAACGCUCCAAAGAGGCCAGGUGAAAUGACAGUGUUGACAAUAGCGUUCAAAGUACUUUGCACUUUAAUCCACCCGAAGCCCCAUUGGUGGUCAAAGUGUUGUAUAUUAUUGGUCAGCUUCAGUGGAACAAUGUGUUGCAGCAUUGCUGAUUAUAACUAGCCAUUUCAGCAAAAACGGUGACCAAAAUAGCUCAUACUUUACACCAGGGGAUGGCGGACAUCGGUGACUUUCAUGUGGGCGUGGUUUCAUGCAACGUGUAGAGUUUGUAGACUUUCAACUAGCGUCUACUAGCGCCAGCGAGUCCGCCGUCACGGUCCACAAGCGGCAUCCACUUUCGCCCAUGCUUGGCUUCAACCACGUUUGGGGUGGCGGGCGUGGACAUGGUGGCUUGUCAAAACACCGCUAAUGGCGAAAGGGGAUGGUGGCAAAGAUUGCCGUUAGUAAAAAUACACUAGUUUGACCUGAGAAUACUGUGACCCGGAUGAAUGACAACAAUCUGGCAUAGUAGACAGACAGAUACUUCUAUCUAUCUAUGCAGUAGUAGUGGUAUAAAGUAGUGGUAUAUAAUGGUGGUAGAGCCAGCGGAGCUUGUCAAGAUGACGAUGACGAUGGCUGGGUAUCACGAGAGGAUCAGACAUUUUGAUGAGCUGGGAUCGUGGAGACCGGGAUCUGACAAGAUCUGAGUCCGGUGGCGUGAUGGUACAUGGUACAUAGUACAUGGUACAUGCACAUGACAUGAGUACAUUUAUUCCCAUCACAAACUUUGGGUCUGAUGAUUUUUGACAUAUUUUCAAGUUACGACCUUUUCCAAUAGGAAACUCCAACAGUGCAAUUUAACCUCUAUUUAGAUUUUGAUGGGGAGUGGAUUUGCCCUCCCCCCCAUGUAAUUUGCCAGGAUGAGUCAUUGAAUCAGACGGGGGGGGGGGGGGGGGGGGAAUGUGAGCACAUAUUAUGAGCAAUGACAAUAAAAACCACACAUACUUUGAUAAGGACUAAGUUGCGCACAGAAGCCCUUUAUCUCAAAGCGGCGGUCGUGUGAGUGGAGUGACGCCGACAAUAAACGGAAAGGCGUGAUAAACUUCAUCAGCUAUUUAACAGUGUGCUCCAAUAUCAAAACCCGACUGUGAUAUGAAAUGUAGGCUAUGUUAUGAAUAUGCGACAUGCAGUACAGUGUAUUGUACGAGUGACGCUCCAUGUUUGGACAUGGACACUAUACAUGUGGUCUGUUUCUCUUGUGUUCCGUUUAAUGUCAAGUCCUGGAGCGAUGCUUUUACUCGUCUCUGGUUCGCACUGAUGCAUCGUUCCAAAUGUGCCCCCUGUGUGACCUCCCCCCGCCCCCCAGCUGUGACGGGCUGUGUGUUGUGAAGGAUGUACUGAAGUGAAAACAAGGACCAAAGCCCACAUGUGUCCCGUCAACACCAGCACUGACCUCUGUGGGCUCAGAGUUACGGUCACGCACGUCUUCCAAAAACUUCCUCUUUCCUACUCUUCUGGGCUCCCGGCGUCUCUGUCUCACGCCAAUCUUCUUGUCUUGCGAAGACCUGAGACCGAGGAGAAGAGAUUUUUAAGCCAUAAAUGAAAAUGGGCAUUGAUCGGCCAAGGAGGGAAGGCCUGGAUCCCGCAGGCCCCUUCGGAUGCAGACGCUGUUGGACUCCAAAGGAGCCAAUCAAGCAGUCUGUAUUUUCUACCAACUCCAGGUGAAAACCAGCAAAAUGUAACAGGAAGCAGCUGCAAACAUCUACUGUGGAUUCACUGGCCAAGGCAACCUAUGGUCUGCAAUAAGAACUACUCAUUGUCCUGAAGGAGAGCUCAUGUUUUGUAUGUCACUGUGGUUUGACUCCCUCUCGGUAUCUACGGACUACAGCCCCUCGGUUCACCCCUUCCAUCGCCUCACGUCCCAUCACACCUGUAUACAUUUCUACUGGAAGCAGCGGCCCAUCGGGAACAAUAUUCAAUAAAAGCGCAUAUAUUUGUAUGGAUGGAAGCAGCGUGCUGGUGUCGUGUCUUCAUUUUACCUUCAAGGUAAGAUGCUUCCUUCCAGGCCACAAAGUUGAGCAUCACGGUGUCUGUGCCGUUCCCCAAUGGUGGCACCCCAUCCACUAUGCGGCUCGCAGACAGCAAGUCUACGGUCCACUAAAAUACGUCUUACAUAACUCACGUCUGACUUCGCCUGAAAUAUCAGCCUUCUUCCUUUCUAACAAAAUAAAUACAUUUUAAAUUGGAUUUACAAAUAACAAUGACCAGUGUAAAAAAAUAUUUACAAAAAACAUAAAAAUUUUAAAUGACAAAAAUAAGUGCAGAAAAGAUUGAAAUUACUUCCAGAAGUGGAUAUAAAAUAAAAUAAACAAAUGACAAAUAUGUCUAUUAUAAUAGAAAAAUGUCAAAUGACUUGAUAAAAAAUAAAAAUAGAUUACAUUAAUUA